UCCCUUCCUAGCGAGCGCGAUACGGUAUGCUAACGCCGCAUGUGACAGUUUAAUCAAACCCAUUUGUUACAACAAAGCUAAGAGACCGCUGGGAUUAGAGGCUUACGGCAGAGUUAGGGCAGCAUGUGGCUUUGUCGCUCGCCACCGCCGCGCGGGGCCGGCGGCUCGGGGUGUGCCGUCCCCCCAUCCAUCCUCAUCCUCAUCCCCGGCCCCCCCGCCCCCGCUGCGGCGCGCCGCGCUCCCGCUCACUUGACCCGAGCCGAGGAAGCGCUUGCUACUUUUGCCGGGAUUUGGUGCUUCAAUGAGAAGGAGCUCUCCAGGCGCCCGUAAAUCAACUCAUGCAGAAAAAGGAGAAAAGUUUUGGUAUACAAAUGCUCUCAGUCCAGCCAGACACCAAGCCGAAAGGUUGUGCUGGCUGCAACCGUAAGAUUAAAGACCGAUAUCUUCUAAAGGCCCUGGACAAAUAUUGGCAUGAGGACUGCCUGAAAUGUGCCUGCUGUGACUGUCGCCUGGGGGAGGUGGGCUCUACCUUGUACACCAAAGCCAACCUUAUCCUUUGUCGCAGAGACUAUCUGAGGUUAUUUGGCGUUACAGGAAACUGUGCUGCCUGCAGCAAGCUCAUACCUGCUUUUGAGAUGGUGAUGAGAGCAAAGGACAAUGUUUAUCACCUGGACUGUUUUGCAUGUCAGCUUUGUAAUCAGAGAUUUUGUGUUGGAGACAAAUUUUUCCUGAAGAACAACAUGAUUCUGUGCCAGACAGACUAUGAGGAGGGUUUAAUGAAAGAAGGUUAUGCACCCCAGGUCCGCUGAUCGGAUGCCACAUCAUUAAGAAUAAAAAGCACUACUUUCUUUUAUCUUUUUUGCUCAACAUGUAUAUAAGAAAUGACACAGGAACCUACUGAAUAGCAUAGAUUUAGGGAGACAGAAUGGUUGCGUGAAAUAAAAGGCGGACUGCAUCUGUAUGUAGUGAAAAUUGCUCCAGUUCAGAGUUGAAUGUUAAUUAAAAAGGUACUGUAUAUACAGCUGGAUUCUUUCUGCUUGCUCUUGGGAUUUUCAGUUUGUUCGGGGUUUUAUUUUUUUGUUUCUUUUUGUGUCAUUUGGCAUGAGAUGUUUAUUUUGGACUAUUGUACAUAAUGUAUUGUAAUAUUUGAAGCACAAAUGUAAUACAGUUUUAUUGUGUUACCAUUUGUGUUCCUGUUUGCUUCUUUGUAUUGUUGCAUUUAGUACAAUCAGUGUCUAAACUUACUGUAUAUUUAUGCUUUCUGUAUCUACCAGCUAUUUUAAAUGAGCUGUAUCUUUCUAGUAAAAAGCAUUAAAGAGCAAAUCCCAACCAUUAUGCUACACUUAGAGCUUAAGAAUACUGUUUACAUUAAAACUAUUUAGAAAACUAAUAACUAGCAGCACCUGCUGCUAAUGAUGCUAUGGUUAAGGGUCUAUCAGCACUUCUCUUAUAAGCCUCUAUUUUUCAGGGGUUAAGCAUCUGCUGUUUAAUUGCAUGGAUUUUCCUCAAAGAGCACUUUUAUUUUACUACAAAAUUUUGAAAAGCAAAUCUGACUGGUUUGAGCUAUAUUAUAAAAGGUGCAAAAGUUAAUGAUUUUGGGUGCUGCUUUUGUGCCCCUUAGGCAUUCCAAAUGCCUGGAUUUGAUUUUUAAUUUAGCUGGAAAAAUUAAGCCCU